GAAGAUCCUGUGGGCCCGCCAGCUCUUCCAUAGGAUUCGGCAGCCCAUGCAGCUUUUCCAGCAGCACCCAGCUGUGCUAAGCACAGCAGAAGCCAAACCUAUAAUUCGCAGUUACAAUAGGAUGGCCAAAGUCCUCCUGGAGUUUGAGGUCCUCUUCCACAGGGCGUGGCUUCGGCAGAUUGAAGAAAUUCAUGUAGGUCUUGAGGCUUCAUUAUUGGUGAAGACUCCAGGCACAGGGGAAUUGUUUGUAAACUUUGAUCCUCAGAUAUUAAUCUUAUUUAGAGAAACAGAGUGCAUGUCCCAGAUGGGUCUGGAAGUUUCACCAUUGGCAGCUUCCCUCUUCCAGAAGCGAGACAGAUACAAAAGGAACUUCAGUAACGUGAAGGUUCUGGGGUACAUGUGCAGAUCAUGCAGGAUUGUUGCAUCGGUACAUACAUGGCAAGUUGAGUACUACCUUCUGGGAUGAAAGGUGGGAAGCAGAAUGCCUGCUAGAAGCUGAUUCUAAGACUGUUUCCAGAUAGAAUAACUGAUGGACAUUGAAAAAAGCAAGCAGUGGAUACAAACUUCAGAAAACGUAUGAUGCUAGCUGAAUAUCAGAGAGUGAAGUAAAAAAUGCCUCCCGCCAUUGAGCAACUGAUGGUUCCUCACUUGGCCAAAGUGGAUGAAGCUCUCCAGCCUGGCUUGG